ACCCGCUCGGCUCUUCAGAUUCGCCAUAGAAUAACCGUCCUUCCUCUGCCCUUAUUUUAGUCGAUAAAAAUCCCCGGGUGAUGUACGAAGGUGUCUGGCUCGGGAUAAACCUGGGCAGGGAGCAAAAGCGCGGGGGAGCUGGGGCGCCGUGUGGAAUGUGCUGAGGCGGAAGGGCAGGCGGCUUCCUGCGAGUGGCUGCUGCCCGGAUACCCGGGAGCUCGGUGUUGGUUGGGAACAAAGGGGCCGAGGCCGGUGCUGGAGCGGAAUUUGAGAUAUAAUGUGUUAGCAGGCUGAAAAUUUAUCUACCAAAAUGUCAAAAAGGCCAUCCUAUGCCCCACCUCCCACCCCUGCUCCCACAACCCAAAUGCCCAGCACACCAGGGUUUGUGGGAUACAAUCCAUACAGCCAUCUGGCCUACAACAACUACAGGCUGGGAGGGAACCCGGGCACCAACAGCCGGGUCACGGUAGGAGAAUCAACUAUUACAUCAUCCGGCAAACAACAGGAAUUGACCAGAAAUGGCUUUAGAGCUUCCUCUGGUAUUACAAUUCCCAAACCCCCAAAGCCACCAGAUAAGCCUCUGAUGCCCUACAUGAGGUACAGCAGGAAGGUCUGGGAUCAAGUGAAGGCAUCCAACCCUGACUUGAAGUUAUGGGAAAUUGGCAAGAUCAUUGGAGGGAUGUGGCGAGAUCUCACUGAUGAGGAGAAACAAGAGUACUUGAAUGAAUAUGAAGCAGAAAAGAUAGAGUACAAUGAAUCCAUGAAGGCCUACCAUAACUCGCCAGCUUACCUUGCCUACAUCAACGCAAAGAGUCGGGCUGAGGCUGCGUUAGAGGAAGAAAGCCGACAAAGGCAAUCACGCAUGGAGAAAGGUGAACCCUAUAUGAGCAUCCAGCCAGCAGAAGACCCAGAUGAUUAUGAUGAUGGAUUUUCUAUGAAGCACACAGCUACAGCCCGCUUCCAGAGGAACCACCGUCUGAUUAGUGAGAUACUGAGUGAAAGUGUGGUACCAGACGUCCGCUCCGUUGUCACUACAGCUAGAAUGCAAGUUCUCAAACGUCAAGUUCAGUCCUUAAUGGUUCAUCAGCGAAAACUGGAAGCUGAGCUCCUGCAAAUAGAAGAGCGCCACCAGGAAAAGAAGAGGAAGUUCUUGGAAAGCACAGAAUCCUUUAACAAUGAACUGAAGAGGUUAUGCAGUUUGAAGGUGGAGGUGGACAUGGAAAAAAUAGCAGCUGAAAUUGCUCAGGCUGAGGAACAGGCCCGCAAGAGGCAGGAGGAAAGGGAAAAAGAAGCAGCUGAGCAAGCUGAACGCAGUCAGACGAAUGCAGCACCUGAGGAAGAGCAAGCAGUUAACAAGACAGAGGAGAAGAAGGAAGAAGAGAGCACUCCCAUGGAGACAGAGGAGGCUCACCCAGAAGAAACCACAGAGAACCAGCAGAACGGUGAAGAAGGAACCUCCACACCAGAAGAUAAGGAGAGUGGCCAGGAAGGGGUUGACAGUACUGCAGAGGAAGGAACUAGUGAUAGUAACACUGGUUCAGAGAGCAAUAGCGCAACAGUUGAGGAGCCUCCAGCAGACCCUGCCCCCGAGGAUAGUGAGAAGAAAGAAUAAAUAUUGGUUUAUUCCAUGUCUCUUCUUAACAAAGUAUUGUUUUGAGUUUAAAA